GUUACAGUAGUGAGACAGGGGUUUAUUUUUCAAUCUAAAGUUUUUCUCUUUCUCUCUCAAAUAAAACAUCUGAAACUCAAAAUACAUCUUUAAGAAUUGCUUAAGAAUCAUGUUGGAAGACAGUGGAUCUUGUUUUCAUCUGGAACCUUUUUUUCUUUUCAUUAUUUUAAAUUGAUUUUCAACAGAUGUGGAAGCCACAUCUGUUGGGUUGGUUCUUAAGUCACUAGGCGAAGAGAGAGAUGAAUCUACUCAGGACUGACACUUGGAGAAACAACAGCGCGUCUUCCUUGCUUAUCAAAUUCAGUUUUCUUUGUCUGUUUAGUCACAACUGUUGCAGAGCUAGUGCUGUUUGGACUGCUUUCAUGAACAUAUCCUUUCACGUUGGGAAUCGCAUGUUGUCAGAGUUAGGGGAGUCUGGAGUAUUUGGAAGAAACUCCGCGUUGAAGAGGGUGACAGGAGUUAUAGUACCACCAGAGGGAAAAAUCCAAAAUGCAUGUAAUCCCAAUACCAGUUUCAGCCGAGCAAAGAACUCAAACUCCUGGCUUGCACUUAUUGAACGGGGAGGUUGUACCUUCACGCAGAAAAUUAAGGUGGCAACAGAGAAAGGAGCCAGUGGAGUGAUCAUCUACAACUUUCCAGGAACUGGCAACCAGGUGUUUCCCAUGUCUCAUCAGGCAUUUGAAGGCAUUGUCGUGGUUAUGAUUGGUAACUUAAAAGGCAUGGAAAUUUUACAGUUAAUUCAGAAGGGAGUUUACAUUACAGUUAUGGUGGAGGUGGGGAGAAAACACAUCAUCUGGAUGAAUCACUAUUUUGUCUCUUUUGUGAUUGUCACAACUGCUACCUUAGCAUAUUUCAUCUUUUACCAUAUUCGGAGACUUUGGGUAGCAAGGAUUCAGAACAGGAGAUGGCAACGAUUAACAGCAGAUCUCAAGAAAGCAUUUGGCCAGCUCCAAGUUAGGGUAUUAAAAGAAGGAGAUGAGGAAAUCAAUCCAAACGGAGAUAGCUGUGUAGUUUGCUUUGAGCCUUACAAGGCUAAUGAUACAAUUCGUAUUCUGACUUGUAAACAUUUUUUCCACAAGAAUUGCAUUGACCCCUGGAUUUUAGCCCAUGGCACAUGCCCCAUGUGCAAGUGUGACAUUCUUAAAGCAUUAGGGAUUCAAGUGGAUGUUGAAGAUGGGAGAGAAUCUUUGCAAGUUCUAAUGUCCAAUGAAUUGCCUGAAACCUUAUCACCUGUUAUGGAGGAGACAAAUACUGAUCAUCCUCCUGAAAGAAGCUCAAAUAAAGUACUGCAUGUAGAAGAGAACCUUCCUUCACAGAGCAAUGACAGUCAGCCUAACUCAGUAGUGCAAGAUGUUCAUCCUUCACCUUGACCGCUUGACCUCUGAGGAAGUGGAUUAAACCUGUUUGUCAAAUCAGGUCUAAAUACUGACAAGCA